ACCCGACACCGCAUUAGCUUGGCUGUGUGUAGCCACUUUUGUGUAGCUUUCUUUAGCUUACUAUUUUAUGAAUAUUUGGCGAUAAGACCCCGUGGUUCAUCGAUGCCACUAAAGGAUCAGUCAAACUCGACGGUCGCCAUGAAACCAGCAGUGGAUGAGAUGUUUCCUGAGGGCGCGGGACCGUACGUUGACCUGGAUGAGGCUGGGGGAAGCACAGGACUGCUGAUGGACCUGGCUGCCAAUGAAAAGGCCGUUCACUCAGACUUCUUCAAUGAUUUUGAGGAUCUGUUUGAUGAUGAUGACAUCCAGUGACAGAGACUUUGGAAUUGAUCGAUGAUAUGCUCGCCACUUACCAAUCUUCUUCUUUUUUUUUGGUGGAAAGCAAACCAACCAUUUUCUGUCUAAUUACAUACAAUUUACUGUCAUAGUUGUCCUAGUUUCAGGCUUACAUCCUUAAAAAGUCCAUCACCAGCUCCAGAUGUUGUGAAAUUCUUAGGAUCCCAAGGAUUCUUCAUAUACGGUAUGUUCAAAUUAUGAGCCUGUAUCGUGCUCACGUCUUCGACUGCUUCUGAACUGGAUUGCAGGUUUCAGUGCGCUGGAGAACACCUGUUAGCAGCGUAAUUAUACAUGUGAUGGGCAGAGGCUCCAUAUGCUGCCGCCCUUCAACAUUCUGCAGAUGGCAUAUGAUGAAUGAUGGUCUGCUGAAAUGAUUUGAAUGACAGUGUCUGAUAGUCGCAUACGUUCUGUGUUUGGUUUUAUAUCUGCAGUGUGUUCGGUUGUGUCAUGAAUUUGCACAUAAGUGUACAGCAGUCUGUGCAUCUGCACUUUUUCGUGAUAAAAAAUCAAUAAAUAGUGUUUUGUAUAUAUGAAGCCAUAACUGUGUCUGAUUGUCGUUA